CCCACGCAAGGCACAAAGCGAGAGACAGAGAGAGAGUGAGAGUGAGAGAGCCUUCUCAUAUAUAAGCGGAGCAAGUAGGCAGUGAAGCUCGUGGAAGCCAUGGCCAAGGAAGAAGCAAGCUCAGUGGUCUCUGAUCUCAUCAACUUCUUGAACGCUUCGCCAACUGCUUUCCAUGCCGUUGACGAGGCAAAGAAGUGGUUGAGAAGCGUGGGGUAUGAACAAGUCUUAGAGAGAGAGGAUUGGAAAUUGGAAGUCGGGAAGAGAUAUUUCUUCACGCGGAAUCACUCCACGAUUGUCGCUUUUGCAGUCGGCAAAAAGUAUGUUGCCGGAAAUGGAUUCCAUAUAGUCGGUGCUCAUACCGAUAGUCCUUGUCUGAAACUGAAACCUGUUACCAAGGUAACUAAAGGUGGGUAUUUGGAGGUUGGUGUCCAAACAUAUGGAGGUGGCUUGUGGCAUACUUGGUUUGAUCGCGACCUAACGGCUGCGGGAAGGGUUAUAAUUAGAAAAGAAAAAGAUGGUUCUGUUUCAUAUUCGCAUCGUCUGGUUAGAAUCGAGGAGCCGAUAAUGCGGAUCCCGACCCUGGCGAUUCACUUAGACAGCAGCAGCGUCAGUGAUGGAUUCAAGGUCAACACACAGACUCAUCUUCUUCCUGUCUUGGCAACAUUAGUUAAGGCAGAGCUCAAUAAAGUGGUUGUUGAAGAUGGUGGAGUUGAAAGUGGAAUUCAGACCGAUGCAAAGAAAACUAAUCAAAGAGCUGCCACUAAUAACUCUAAGCAUCACUCUCUCCUAUUGCAGCUGCUUGCAAGUCAGAUUGGCUGUGAACCAGACGAUAUAUGUGAUUUUGAAUUACAAGUAUGUGAUACUCAGCCAAGUAUUGUAGCUGGUGCCACAAAGGAAUUCAUUUUCUCAGGGCGGCUUGACAAUCUUUGCAUGUCAUUUUGCUCUCUGAAGGCAUUGAUAGAUGCUACAUCUUCUGAAAGCAGUCUUGAGGAAGAGACUGGUGUUAGAAUGGUGGCCUUGUUUGAUCAUGAGGAGGUUGGGUCUAACUCAGCCCAAGGAGCUGGGUCUCCUGCCAUGCUAAAUGCUUUAUCACGAAUUACGAGUUCCUUUGGCUCAGAUUCUAAGUUGCUUGAGAAAGCAAUUCAGAGAAGCUUCCUUGUAUCUGCUGACAUGGCUCAUGGAUUACACCCUAAUUACAUGGACAAACAUGAAGAUAAUCAUCAGCCCAAGUUGCAUGGAGGGCUUGUCAUUAAACACAACGCAAAUCAACGCUAUGCAACCAAUGCAGUCACUUCUUUCAUAUUUAGAGAGAUAGCAACAAAGCAUAACCUUCCUGUUCAGGAUUUUGUGGUCCGCAAUGACAUGGCAUGUGGAUCAACCAUUGGUCCGAUCCUUGCAAGUGGUGUGGGGAUUCGUACAGUUGAUGUUGGGGCACCACAGCUAUCAAUGCACAGUAUACGAGAAAUGUGUGCUGCAGAUGACGUGAAGCAUUCAUAUGAGCAUUUCAAGGCCUAUUUCCAUGAAUUCUCUCUUCUUGAUCCAAGGAUUAAAGUUGAUGUUGAUGAUAAGUCAGUGGUAGAUAUAUAUGUAGAGUAAAAGAGUUGCUGCUGAGACUUCAUCAAAUUGCACACAAAAGGUCAAAUCAUGGUGUGCCAUAUUGCUCUUGUAAUUCAUGAAUAUGAUGAUGUUAAUGGAAUAAUAUAUUUGGACAAAAUGGAGUAUUAAGCAAGUUCAUAAACUUGA